AUGGACCCUCGCGCCGAUCGGGACGUCCUUCCUCAUGGACCACCAACGCUUCCCAGAUCGCCCCCGGCGACUCUUCGCCGUCGCUUGUCUAUCGAUGAGGACUACUUCUACCAGCGUAUUAUGACAACGGACCCCACACGGCCUUCACGACCACCGCCUUAUGAAGCGUCAACGUCAGCCCAAGCAGCACCGCUUGCAACUGUUGACCCAAGCAAUGACGUCGGAGGGUCUCGCCGGGGUAGUCCUGCCGGGAUUAGCGAUGAUGGGCAUGGGGAAGAGAGACUGCCGAGCUAUUCAAGCUCCAUCGAGCUUGAAGGAAUUUUUAUGAAGAAGCAUGAAAUCGAAGGCACCAACAAGAGGGCCGAAGACCGUCGCUGGCAUACGUCUUAUGUUACUCUUACUGGAACAGCCCUCAACAUUUACAAAGCCAAGAAAUCUCGAACCUGGGGAAAGACUCGAGACGGGCCUCAAAUCAGCCCCGACAACCCCCCCUGGAUGACAAAAUCAAAACUUGAAAAGACCUAUAGUUUGCUAUACGCCGACGCCGGUAUUGCUGCAGACUACAAGAAACGAAGAUAUGUGAUUCGUAUUCGAGCAGAGACUGACCAGUUCUUACUCUCAUGCAUCGAACUGAGCACAUUUAAUAGGUGGAUGGAGGGCUUGUUCGCCGCCAUUGACGUUGCUCUUCCAAUCGAUGAUCGAGAUUUCCCUCGGGACAUGUCGGUUCCCAGAAUUCAACGAGUCCGCUGGUUUCGUGGUGAAUCGCCUGAUGGCCCUGGGAUUGCAAUUCAGGAUGCACCUCAUGAUCCAGAGCAAAACUCGGGUGAGGUGUCGGCUCCUAGUGUUCGGAGGAGCUCCUCGACCCCAGAUUUAGCUGUGAACCUCCAUCAAAUGGACGCCCAAGCCCAGUCAGCAAGCAGGCCUACCGAGGAAGAGGAAGAGGAGGAGAACGAAGAGCUUUCGAGAUCGAUACCCGUAUUUGAUGAUUCCAGCGAUAGUGAAGACGGAGAGGGAGGCCCAUGUCACCCACCACGAUUAGAUCCUACUCACCGGUUGAGUACAACGUCAUAUGAUAACGCUGGUAUUGACCCUCACUCCGGCAAGUGGGUACCAGAUCAUCAGUGGACAAGCGCGCAUGAUAUGCUCUACGCCAAACUCUGUUACAGCAAUCUCCUUUUUAGAAGCCCUCGAAAGUCCAAUUACAUCAUCCACAAAGGAAAGAAAUGGUUCGUCGACUGGUCGACUGGUCGGAUGGUGCGGGUUCUGCCACCGGCAUACGGAGAGGUGGAUUACUUCGGCCCUUGGCAAGUCAUUCAUACGGAAAAUAUUCGCAUCUGA